AUGAUUCUGUGGAGGCACUUAGUUGCCACGCUUUCUUAUAAAGCCUUGGUUCUCGCUGAUGAUGCUUGCUCGAAGGAAAAUAUGCCCGGAAUUGUGAACUCUGAAGGCAAAACAAGCGGAAGCUGGAGCUGUCAGUUAAAAUCUGGAGAAUCCUUCGAUCUGGAAAAUGCUAAGGAUGUCCCAAAUAAGGCAAAAUGCUUUGCGACUUGUGGAAAACACGAGCCAAGUGGAGAUAAUUAUUAUAUAAUGCGACCUGGAGUUUCAAGAGCCAUCAGAUGCCGCGACGGAAACUGGGAGCUAAAAGAAUCACACACUCGGGAGAAGAUCGCCCUUCGAGAUGUCGUCUGCGAACGCGGAUGCGACAAGAGCUUACUACCGCAAUUCGACAAUGGAGCUUGGAACUGUCCCCUCGAAUUUGAAGGCACGAAUAUUGUUGCCAAUAAUUUGGACUGCUUUGCAAAAUGCAAUCGUGGUUUUACAGAAGUUGGAGCUAAAAGAACUCUUUUCAACUACAAGGAUUAUCGAAAGACUUGCAAGUGCAACGAUCAGAAUGGAAGGUGCCAUUGGAGGAUGAAUAUGGAAGAACACGAGGACAAAAGUGACAUUGUUCCAAUGUGCGAGUUCUCAAAAACCAACCGAAUCAUCAAUGGUCAAGACGCGAUCGCUAACUCGAAGAAAUACAUGAACCGUGCUCCUACUCAUCAUUGUGGCGGUGUUCUGAUCCAUCCGAAAUGGGUUCUCACCGCGGCGCAUUGCAAGAAAAAAAAUCUUUUCGCAGUUCUUGGAGAGCACAAUUUGAGACAGGACUCGAAGCGGGAAAGAGCCUGCAAAGUUGUGGCUACGGUUCCGCAUCCAAUGUACCAUGGAAUCUCGCAUGAUAUUAUGAUGAUGAAGAUCAAAUGCAACAACAAAGGAAUGGGAAAUUUCAUCGAGCCCGCCGUCCUCCCCUCUUUCAUGCACGAUUUGGCGCCAGGAAGCAAGUGCGAAGUCUGCGGCUGGGGCAACACCAACGCCACACCAGGUGAGUAUACCGAAGCUCAAUCUCUUCAGUGCGUCGACUUGCCGAUCAUCGACACGGAUCGAUGCAACGCGCCGAAUUCAUACGCCGGAGCGAUUCACGAGGACAUCAUGUGCGUUGGCUACAUGACUGGCGGUCAGGACUCUUGCCAGGGCGAUUCUGGAGGACCAGCUAUCUGCGACGGCCGAGUCCACGGACUGGUCAUGGGAGGAAAUCAAUGCGCACAAGCAAAUUUCCCCGGCGUUUAUACUCGACUUUCUCACUACAUUCCUUGGAUCAGGAGUAUUCUUGAAGAACCCGCCCAUAAACAAUCCGGCCGAAAGGGUGGACGAAGCCGAAGGUUUUUCUAA